ACAGCGCCGAUUCCUAUAACCACCAGAGGUUAAAUCUCUCUUUCUCUCUCUCUCUCGAUAUCUUUUGUGUUGCCGGUUCUAAUGGCCGCCGUCGCAGAUUCCGUUGAGAACAAUGAUACUAUAAACCUCCCUGAGAAUGAAAAACUUAUGCCGGCGGGAAUCAGUACCACGGCAUUGCUUGAAGAAAACUCUGGCGCCUUCCCUGAAUUGAAUCAGCCCGAUAGCUUAGCUGCUGCUGAAACUACCGCCCCCGAUACGAACGAUUUCGCGGCGGAGAGGUGGCCAGGUUGGCCUGGGGAUUGCGUGUUUCGUAUGAUCGUUCCGAUGACUAAAGUCGGAGCUAUAAUUGGACGCAAAGGAGACUUUAUAAAGAAGAUGUGUGAGGAGACUCGUGCUCGUAUCAAAGUCCUUGAUGGUCCUGUCAACACUCACGAUCGCAUCGUGUUGAUAUCUGGUAAAGAAGAACCAGAGGCCUACAUGUCACCGGCAAUGGACGCAGUUUUAAGGGUCUUUAGACGAGUUUCAGGAUUGGCAGAUAAUGAUGAUGAUGACGUUCAAAACGCUGGAAGUGCCUUCUGUUCAGUGCGUUUAUUAGUUGCAUCCACGCAGGCCAUAAAUUUGAUUGGAAAACAAGGAUCUUUGAUUAAGUCAAUAGUAGAGAACUCUGGUGCAUCCGUUCGUAUUUUAUCAGAAGAGGAAACACCGUUUUAUGCUGCACAGGAUGAGAGGAUAGUGGAUUUGCAGGGGGAAGCUCUAAAGAUCCUCAAAGCAUUAGAAGCCAUUGUUGGACACUUAAGGAAAUUUCUAGUCGACCAUACUGUGGUCCCUCUCUUCGAGAAGCAAUAUCUAGCUAGAGUCUCUCAAACUCGUCAGGAAGAACCAUUAGCUGAAAACAAGUCAUCUCUGCAUACUAUUUCUACAAAUGUAAUCGAGCCUGAUUUCUCCCUCUUAGCACGGAGGGAACCUUUGUUUCUGGAGCGCGAUGCUCGGGUGGAAUCACGUGUUCAGCCUUCGGGAGUUUCUAUCUACAGUCAGGAUCCUGUACUGUCAGCCAGACACUCUCCAGGUCUUGCUCGGGUUUCUUCUGCUUUUGUGACACAGGUAUCUCAAACGAUGCAAAUACCAUUCUCGUAUGCAGAGGAUAUUAUUGGUGUAGAAGGAGCUAAUAUAGCCUACAUCCGUCGAAGAAGCGGAGCUACCAUAACUAUUAAAGAGAGUCCUCAUCCUGAUCAAAUCACAGUGGAAAUCAAAGGCACAUCUUCUCAAGUACAAACUGCUGAGCAACUAAUUCAAGAGUUCAUCAGCAGUCACAAGGAACCAGUUUCGGUUUCAGGGGGAUAUGCCAGAAUCGACACUGGCUAUGUGCCUGCAUAUCCUCCUCAGCUAAGUAACCGUCAAGAGCCGCUCUCAAACAGCUACAUGGGCACAGAGACGGUGCAGUACAGACCAGCAGCAUACUCUCAGCUGGGGGGUCCUUCGACCUACACACCGUCCCUGAAUGGGCAAACUUAUGGUUCGGAAUAUAGACCAGCUUCUGAUGUUGGUGGCUAUAACAGUUAUAAUCUUUGAAUUGUUUGCUGUGGUUUACGAGGUUCAGUUUAUCUGCAGAUUAAUUUCUGUUUAGAGAAAGGCUCAUUUUAUUAUAAUAGAGAGGGAAAAAGAACCAAGUAAUAGAGAGCCAAUGUAGUU